AUGGCUGAGUCUUUGCUAUACAAGCCGCUCCCUCACAGCCCAAAUUCACGAUUCAUUCGUGUUCUGGAUGUUCAAGCAGCGCUGCAUCUCGAGGGGUUUGAUGAGCCUAUUCGAAGUAAGCUCCGAAUCAUCAAUAUCGACGCAUCGCCCUCACCACGUUUCUCCGCGAUCUCAUAUGUAUGGGGGGAAGACAAGGGGGAACCACUCACGAUCUUCUGUGGAGAGCAUCUUGUAUCGACGCUGCCCAACCUGCACUCUGCCUUGAAAUUUUUACGAAAAAAGCUGGGCAGCUUUACUCUCUGGGUAGAUGCAAUAUGCAUCGACCAAGCAGAUAUAAAGGACAAAGAGAAGCAGAUCCCUAUGAUGGGAGACAUAUACAUGAAAGCUGAAUUUGUGUAUGUUUGGUUAGGAGAGGGUAGCGCGAAAACCCAACGAGCACUGGCCUACUUGGGUCAACCGCCAUUUAUGAGCUAUUUUCUGCCAGGGGGCCUAACAGAAGAUGUGGAGUGGAUUCGGCGCAUCUGGACCUAUCAGGAGAUCAUACUGGCGACAAACCCCGUCAUU